AUGGUCCCGCAUGCGGGCGCACAAGGUUCGGAGCAAGAAGAUCAGGGCGGAGUGGAGCGUGUAGAAUUCAGUGUACGACGACUGCGUCCACGACCAGCAUGGGACGCGGAGUCUGGUGGUCCAUCUUUCUCGGCCAGCCGCUCUUCAGUCCAUCUGGAGGAGGGGAGGGGGGGCAGGGACUCAAUGCAAUGGCAGUCCCCGACGGACUGGGGGCCCAACCGGGAUGGAGCUGCAGCAGCUGGUACUGGCGGCCUUAGUACGGGGGUGUUCGGCUCGAACGGGACGGGAUUGCGUACGGGGGUGUUCGGCUCGAACGGGAUGGGAUUGCGCACGGGAACUGGGAGAUCAGUCAUGGGAGGUGCGCCGGUAUCCCGGGCCAAUGUAUCAGCAGCUAGCAUCGCACCUCGACAGGGUGCGCGCACGGGCGUGGGCAGGUUAACCCUAGGAGGUGCGCCAAUGUCCACGACUUCGUGUGGAACAAUGAUUGCGCCUGUAUCCCCGGCGACUGUGACGGCAGCCGGCAUGGCCCCUCGCCCAGGUGCGAACCAACCGCGUUCGCCGCUUGCAUUGCCCAAGUUUAUUCCGAUAGGCACGGCCUCGGCACCCUAGACCAUAGGCACCAGUGGAGGAGCGGGUGAGAAGAGAGCGG